AUGGCCCCGGGGUGUCCCGUGAGCAGUCCAGACAGCGCUGAGCCCAAACCGCCGGUCAACCCCAUCAUCUCCUUCACAUCUUCGCACCUCCAGCCGCCUCCAACCCACCUGCGCAUCCCGCCACCACCACGUUCCCGCACAUCUGCCGCACCCGAAUCAUCGCCAGCGCCGACGCCUGCCCUCUUCGAAUGCGCACUAUCGAGUAGAGCGCCCAUCUUUCUGCCGCGGUCGACCCGCGCGGAGGACGCCAAGCGCUUCAUUACGAGCCCUACUCUCACCACUCCUGCACGCCCCCCAGCACCCGCCUACGAGCUUUCCACUCCCUCUCCACCCCCGAAGACGCUCUCUAUGUCGGAUCACAGCGCAAAACGGCAACGUUUGGACUCGAUAGGAAGAUUCUCACCCGCCAGCCCGCCCUUUGACGUCGCUGCCAAGGCGAGCGGCCAGCCGACAAAGACGCCCAUCCACCCUCGCACGCCCACCUCACCGCCCUACUCCUCGAUGAAUUCGCAAUCUCAUGGAGGUUUCGCCCCGACUAACUCGACGGCGUCGUCGGACCGCUCCCCGCAGUCCUCGCUGCCAAUGUCUCACUCCCUCUCACAGUCGGCAACAUCGGCAUCGAACCAACAUCCCUUUCCCACCCCGGCGAGCACUGCAGGCUUCAUGUCCAGUGCAAACAUCGAUAGCGAUGGCGAUGCGACGAUGGAAGAGAGCCUAGACGAUGACACUACACGGUUGGCUGAUCACAGGCUGUCCAACCACAACCGGCAAGGGGAAUCACCAUACACCGAAGACGGUCGACUACGAGCUGCCCAAGGCAUCAGCGGCAGCCAAUUGUUCAAACUCAACAACGACAAGUUGGAGACAGCGCGGCCGCACCCCUCGGAAAAUUUCAUUACACUAUAUAGGCUCACGCCACUCGCCAGUUCAGUAGCGCGCAAUGACCCGGUAACAGGCGAGAAGAUUAACAAGCUUCGCAAGUCCUACGAGGGUCAGAUCAAGAAGAUGCAGAUUGCCGGCAAGCCAAAGGCCACCAAGAUGGACGGUGUCUUCCGGAACCUGCUGCUAAUGCCCGAAGAAAUUUGGCAGUCACAACACGUGCAGAAUAGAGAGCCUGAGAAGAAGGCAUUGACACCAGACGGUACAGCAUUGAGCUCAGACUUCAGCAGACUGCUCGACGACGCAUUCGCAGGCACUGCACCAGGCACUCUCCCCAGCGCAGAAGCUGCCAAAUACAAGGCCUAUCUCGGUACAGACGAUACAGCAAAGCCAAAACCACAAGACAUACCACCACAGCGAGCAACUUCCUUCACAUCGUCAGCACCAACACCAACCAGCCACAUGAACAGAGGUGCAGUGAGACCGGAGCGCUCUAGCUCAAAGCGCGGCUACACCGACGCCGCAUUUCAAGGCUACGGUGAGGGCUUCGGAGACGAGUACGCAGACUCAACCGGAGGCGAAGACACACCAGGGGGAAACAUGGCGAACAAGAGACGAAAGCUCCAAUUUGAACGAACAUCACACUCAGUCGAAGUAGGCGGCGCACGACGAUAG